AGGGUCUGUGGUUGAGUCUGCCCAGCCAAAUGCUUGUGAGGAUUUGUUGGGUCUCUGUGGCCGCUGCUGCCGUUUCUUCCCGGGAGCUCCCAGAGCAUGGACUGUUAAAGUCGGUCAUUUCUACUGUGUGAGCUGAAUCUUCAACGCCGAAAUGGGGAAACAGAACAGUAAGCUGCGUCCUGAGGUCAUGCAGGAUUUGCUAGAAAGCACAGACUUUACAGAGCACGAAAUCCAGGAAUGGUACAAAGGCUUCUUGAGAGACUGCCCCAGCGGGCAUUUGUCAAUGGAGGAAUUUAAGAAAAUCUAUGGGAACUUUUUCCCUUAUGGGGACGCUUCCAAAUUUGCCGAGCACGUAUUCCGCACUUUUGAUGCCAACGGGGAUGGAACAAUAGACUUCAGAGAAUUCAUCAUAGCUCUGAGUGUGACGUCACGAGGGAAACUGGAACAGAAGCUGAAGUGGGCCUUCAGCAUGUAUGACCUGGAUGGGAACGGCUACAUCAGUAAAUCAGAAAUGCUGGAGAUUGUGCAGGCAAUCUAUAAGAUGGUUUCCUCAGUAAUGAAGAUGCCGGAAGAUGAAUCCACCCCAGAGAAAAGGACAGAGAAAAUCUUCCGCCAGAUGGAUACCAAUCGAGACGGAAAACUCUCCCUGGAAGAAUUCAUCCGAGGAGCCAAGAGUGACCCAUCGAUAGUCCGACUCCUGCAGUGUGACCCCAGCAGCGCUGGCCAGUUCUGAACGUCCCCCUUGUUUGGAUGAAGUGUAGUGCUGCUUGUUUUGGGUUUUUUAUUAUUAUUAAUGUUAAUUUUUUGCCAAACAACAUUCAUGGUGAUGUUGCCUCUGUAUGGCCCGAUAUGCCUUCUCCUGUGGCAUCCGUUAGCUUCUUUCGUCGUGGAUGUGAUUAUGAGAAUGCUGAAUGUUCCGAUCAGCUUGUCGAGAGCACGGGCGGUGCUGUUUCACACGGACAUUGUGGCAUUCGUGAUUUUAGAGUUUUUUUGGUUUGGGUUUUUUUUUUGGGGGGUGGGGAAGGGGCGGAUAACGUAUCUGUUUUCAAACUAGCGAUCGGCGGUGACGAAAGAGUGAAAUUUGCAGAUUCUGACUGAUGACUUUAGGCAGCUGUGUGAGAGGACUCUCCCCGAUGUGUCUACGUACACUCAGUAAAGGUUAAAAGGGCAAGUAUUUGGGUUCUUUUGCCCCAGAGCAUGGGAUUAUAGUCCAUAGGCAUAUGUUAUCCUCCACUACGGUCCUGAAAAAUUCACCGGCAGUGACCCCAUUUGAUCCCCAAGCCAAUUUCAGGCUAUUUCUAAGCUGUGAACGUUUCAAAGGUGAAUAGA